UUGGCGGGCGACAAAUAAGAGAACGAUGAAAAAGAUAGUGUUCGUUAUAGCAUUGGUUGCGCUCUUGGCAACAGUCGUUGCGCCGAAACCGAACCGGCGAAGAGGCAAGAGCAGACAUUGUUUCACGAACAGGAAGAAGACCAAUAACUGCCAAAGAACGCCAUGGGCAGAAAAUUGUCUUUCGAAGAUGGACCUCGAUGUAAUUGUGAUGGUGGAAAGGAUGGACCAAGCGAGAUUCAACCUGGCAAGAAAUUUUGCUCUCAACAUUAUUCGCCACGUUGCUGCCAGGCCACAUGCCAACAGUACCGUUAGAUUGGCGGUAUUUACAUAUGGAGAUAAGGACUUCGGGGUAUUUUGGCCCAACCCAAAGAAAGGUGUGUCUGUGAAGGAUGCCCUGAACCAACUGAGGCGUGUCCGAGUCAAAAGAGAGCACCCACUCACCGCCCGGGCGAUAAGAUUCGCGUCGAAGUUCCCUGAACCUUCCAAAAAUCAAGAUGGCGCGCAACCAGAUCGGGUCGUUGUGUUUGUUGGUAGCGGGAGGAGUAGCCAAGGUGAUGAUGAUUUACGCAUGGCUAUCAAAGACAUGAAGUCUUCUCGAAGUAAGCUAUUCUUCAUCCACGUUGGCAGAGGCGCCGACCGAAAGUUUGUGCGGGGGUUGAAGGAAGCUGGAACUGUCAGGAAGCUAAAGCGGAAUACGGAGAAAGUGUUGUGGCGCUACCUCGUCAAUCUGAACAUGAGAAAAUUUCGAGUCUAGACCAAGCGGGGUCUUCAUUGAUGCCACGCAACAGACCCGACCUUCCUUUCGGCGCUUUUGAGCUGGCACAAAGGGAAUCCGUAUCUUCCCGGAUAAAGUGUCUGUACCCAUAGAUAAAGAAAGAUGUCGCACUGCUGUAGAGAAAAACAGCAAAGGGCUGAAUGUUCCACAUAACUUGGCCGAUACCUAAACACGUGCUGUAUCCCAAGACCUAAACUAUCUGACACCAUGAUGUUUUCUUGGGUUUCCAUCCGUGAAUCCAUAAAAAGCCCGCUGACCAUAUUGGCCUUCCAUUUGAGGAUUUGGGGCAAUGCUCUUUGAAGAUCGCCAGUGCGUCUUUCAUGAAAUCCGCCAUGAGUUCUUUUGGGAUAGCCAUGGUGUGCGGCAACAAUGUCUCAAUCAUUCCUGAAAUAGUGAGUAUAUAGAUAUGAGUGAUUUAGCUAAGCUGCCGUGGAAAACGAUGGUGCAGUGUAAAAUGCGCAGUUGACGUUAGCUCAGAUGCAUGCCGAUCUACAGUUAGCGUGCGUAUCCAUCCAUCAACGUACAAGAGGAGAUUUUACUUUGUUUAGGAUUGAUGUUCACCGCCGGUAAGUCGGCAGGCGUCAGAUGUGGCUUUGCUGUGGCUGUCCUAAGUAUAUUCAGCCACGAUAGACAGUGUCCUAUUCCCCGGGUCUUGUAUUCAUAACCGGUAACAAAAUAUUGGGAAAGGAUUACCUACCACUACAACGUUCAUCACUCGGAAAGACGUAGUCCAAAUCAACUAAUUUCACCACCUUGACCUUAAGGUCAGCUUGAAGGGCAAGGUCGGUGUAACCGUCUACCGGGUGUUUCCUCCAUUUGUUGUGUUUCUCCCAGCCUGGCGUGUGUCUCCAUGGCGGCACGAAAUCCUGAAACAGGUUGGAAGCAGUUGUUAAAUAGAAUUGUGAUACAAGAAUGAUACGUAAGAAUGGCUUCAACUUCCACAGCCAAAGCCACAGAUUGAAGAAGUAUAUAUGAGACCAGCCGGCCGGGAUAGCUAGCUUCGUUAAGUCUCUUCAAUUAUCAUACACAUCAUGUACUUUUGAAGAAAGAAAAUGGUUAUUUGAGAA